CUGUGACAUUACAGAAAUAGCUUUGACAAUGCUAAAAUUUCAGCCUUUAACACAACAUUAUAUGGCCAAAAGUUAUAACAGUCCAUAGUCUUGAAGCUUUUGGCCCUUAACAGAGGUCAAUCCCAGGCUCCAGUGGGUGUCAAAAAUUCAGGUUAGCAAAAAUUAGUAUCACCGGCAGCAAGAAACACGUGGAUAGAGUUUCUUGCUCAACAAAACAUUUUCCCUUCUAGCUGGAACUGAGACAUCACCCCCAUUUCUCACUUUUCUGGCUUCCUCCUUCCUGGGGAUCCUGAGCGUUUGUAGUCCCCAGCUGGGACUCCUUCUCCACCAGGAGAUGAGGGCUGGUUUGGAGUCUUGGAAGCCUGAGGAAGAACACUGAUCACUCAAGAAACACCCUAAGACUACCUAUGCAUUCAUUUGAUGAAAAUGUACUGGGCACCUCUUGUGAGCCAGGCAUUAUUUUAAAUGUUCUGGGUGUUGAAGACAUUGGUGAACAAGAUAAAAGUUCCUGCACGAUGAGUUUACACUAAGCUAGGGGAGAGAUAUACCGGGUAUGAAUUCAGCUGGCACAAGUUUACAGAAGACCUUCUGGGCAGAUUGUACUGGGGCCUAUACAGAUUGGCAUAGAACCACAGUUGUGAGGAGUGUAACAUGGGACAGAAAGGCUUCUGGUGGAAUUUCUUGGAGAUAGCAUUUGAGGGCAUUGAAGGUCGGGUUAGAUUUGGAGCUGUAGUUAGCCUGUAUAGAGCAGAAUAGCAAAAGCAAAGGCGCAAAGGCUCAAAGGCUGGUUAAGCUAGAGGCAGUCCAGCGAACAAAGAUUCCAUUUGGCUGGAGCUAAGUAAGAUACCUUGCCUGGAGGGAAAGAAUAGGUUUGAAUUUGAGGUUACUGAGCCUUGAGGGCUGUUGUGGCACAGAGCCUCCGAACUUUUUGCAAGAGGCCCCGGGGAGCCACUGGAGUAAGCAGGGAAGGCUGGUACAAAUUUCAGCGAGGCUGAUGUGGCAGGAUGACAGGAAAUGGAGACCUGGAGCAGGAGUGGGGCGAUCCAGGCACCCAUGCCACCCACCCCCUUCCCUUUUCAGAGAUCCGAGCCGCUCCGGCCUCACCGAGAGCGCCCUGGCGGCCCUAGGUCUCCCGCGUCACGCUCGGGUACAGGACGUACACAGCCCUGUGCCGCGGCCACCCCCACCGCUCCAGGACGAAGCGCACAGCCACGUCCGCGAAGCUCUCGGCCCUCGGGCUCUUUCCUCUUCUGGGUCCCGCCAGUUUUCCCAGGCACAAGCACAGGGAGUCCGGAGGAGGGCCAGGGGCGAGGCCACCGGCUCCUCCGCUCCAGAUUGGGAAGCCGCGGAUUCGGCCUUGGGUGGGGUGGGGGGCAUUCGCGGGGCUUCGGAGACAGGAAGUGGCUUUGGGUGGCUCCGCUCUAGGACAGCGAGAAACAGCCAGUUACGCGAACUCGGUGGUUCCGGGGGCCAAGAAAAUGGUGGCAGCCUCAGAAAAGAUGGCGGCACUCUGGCCUCUUCUCAUACUAAAAGAAGACUUAACAGCUUGAAUGUCGACCUGGCGUUGGUGAGCUGGACACUGUGCCUCAGAGUUCGGAGUCAUUUUGCAGAAGAGAGACCCCAAGCCCCUUCGUCACCCAGGCUCGCACAGCCGGUUGGUGAUUCCGGGUCUUCAGAGCCCGACGUGCCAGCCUUGUCCACCGCCUCGCACCGCCCCCUCCAGGCCUGGUCCGGGAAAGCAAUGUGAACACUUCGAAUUUGCUGACCCCUGCUGACCACGUGAAAACGAACUGGAUUUUUAAUUUAUUAAAUUAUGACUUAAAAUUAAAAAAAAAAAAAAGUUAGCCAAGCAUGGCGGCUCAAUCCUGUAAUCUUAGCGCUGUGGGAGGCUGAGGUGGGAGGAUCGCUUGAGGCAGGGAGUUCAAGACCAGCCUGAGCAAGAGGGAGACCCCAU